GAGCGGCCUCGGGCUGGUCCUCAACUUCGCAGAGGUGCAUUUGAACCUGCCUCUAACACCUUCAGAUUCUUUUGCGAUAAAAGAAAAUCCUUGAUCUCAAAAGAACCUGAAACCGUAGUGGGCCAGGUAGCCACCGGAUUCUAUCCCUUGGGUGUUGUGUUUCCUCCGCCGGCCCUCGGUACCUCCGCACUCUUCAACUCCACCAAGUGCGAAAAAAUGCCGAUCUUGGAUUGAAACAUAAUGGACGACCUAAAAUCUGAAGUCAUUUGAAGGGGAAAUUUGCAAUCUGUGAGACAAAAGAAUUCUUCUUGAUUCCCUUGUCUAGAGACAGUAGCCUCAGACCUCCGACGGGUUUUCUCGUAAAGUCGUAGUCUCUGAUAGCUUAAUUGGGUCAGUACACUGAGACAUGAGCGUGCAUAAAUAGGGUCCAGGAAGGGAGAUUGCUCAUAAAGACACCCAGCUCUUUGGAACGUGUAGUGCAAGCAAUUGCACACUGUUAGAAUGAAGGUAGCAGUAGAAGGUUGCUGCCAUGGUGAACUGGACAAAAUCUAUGACAGUAUUCAGUUUUUGGAGAAAAAGGACAAUGUUAAGGUGGACCUCUUGUUGUGCUGUGGAGAUUUUCAAGCAGUCAGGAAUGAGGCUGACAUGAAUUGCAUGGCUGUACCCACUAAAUACAGACAAAUGCAAAGUUUCUACAAAUAUUAUUCUGGAGAAAAGAAAGCUCCUGUUCUCACCAUCUUCAUAGGAGGCAAUCAUGAAGCAUCUAAUCACCUCCAGGAGUUGCCAUAUGGAGGAUGGGUGGCACCAAACAUUUACUACCUAGGAUAUGCCGGUGUGGUGAAAUACCGUGGUGUACGUAUAGGAGGACUUUCUGGUAUUUUUAAACCACAUGACUACAGAAAAGGUCAUUUUGAGUAUCCGCCAUAUAAUCAGCAAACUGUGCGGAGUGCGUAUCAUGUUAGAAGUAUUGAUGUCUUCAAACUGAAACAGUUAAGACAACAUAUGGACAUAUUCCUUUCACAUGACUGGCCACAAGGUAUCUAUCAUUAUGGCAACAAGAAACAGCUUCUUAAAAAGAAGGCCUUUUUCCGCCCGGAGGUAGAAGCCAAUACAUUGGGAAGCCCUGCAGCCACAGAGCUUCUGCAGCACCUCAAGCCUUCCUAUUGGUUUGCAGCACAUCUACAUGUGAAAUUUGCAGCUUUGAUGCAGCAUCCGAAGAGUGAUGAUGAGCAGCUACCAAAGGCAACAAAAUUUUUGGCUCUGGAUAAAUGCCUUCCUCACAGAGAUUUUCUACAGGUUGUGGAGAUACAACAUGACCCAAAUGCUUCUGAUCACCUGGAGUAUGAUUCUGAGUGGCUGGCCAUUCUAAAAGCAACCAAUGAUUUGAUUAAUGUUACACCUAAAACAUGGAACAUGCCAGAAAAUAACAGCCUGUAUGCAAAAUGGGACUAUAGUGUGUCUGAAGAAGACAUAACAGAACUGUUGGAACAGCAAAGUCAUGAUCUCCAAAUCCCCAAUAAUUUUAGUCCUACAGUCCCUGUCUAUGAUCCAGCAAACCCACAGAAAUCAAGAGAACCUGUCCAUUUGAUUAACCCUCAGACAACUGAGUUCUGUGCCACCUUUGGUCUCGUUGAUCUGAAUGCCAAGGUGAAAUACAUGGAAGACGAGGGCCUCAUAGAGGGAGAGGAAGAAGAUGAUAUGGAUGGUGCCGAUAAUUCAGAGGAGCCCAGUGAUUAUAACACUGAUACUUCUGGACUUUCUUCCUCCAUUAAUCCAGAUGAAAUAACACUGGAUGAUGAUGUUGAUGAUAAUGGAGAGCUCAGCACACAUUCCAUAGAACCUUCCCCAGAUCAUCCAUUCACAGACUCAUCAGCAAAUUUCUCCGAUGUGAGGGAUCUCCCUGAUUCUAUGAUUGUGUCAUCUGAUGAGACGCAGGACUCUGCAAAUGAGGAACUGGACAGAUCUGGAGAUAGCAGCAUGACUGAGGGAGAAGGAAAGAGUACACGCACAAAGGCUGUGAAGCGAAUUAGUAAUGAGCAUGAGAAUGGAAGCAGUGGAAUAAAACUAAUUAAGAGGCGCAACCAGAGUAUAUACCACACACAGCUUGACGGAAAUGAAGAUAAUGAAUAAAGAGAUACGUUUACGAUGUUGGACUUCAGGAGCAGCAGCUUUUAUGCACAAUGAGUUUUUAAGAAUGACAUAUAGGAAUUAGAAUAUAAUCAGCAUAGGGUUUGUUUUAAAAAUGGACAUAGCUGGGCACACAAUGUAGGAAUACAAUUUAUUUUCAACAAUAAAAAUACAUUUAAUGCAUACAUUGGUCCUCUGUCAGUUGAUCUACAUGUUAACAGGUAGACAGUCUAAAUCUUAAGGACAUUGAUUUUUUUUAAGGUGUUAUUCCGUGUGGAGAAUAUAGGUAACCAUAGUUGCCAUCUAAUGCAAUAUUUCUAAAAGCGUAUACUUUUCAGAUGAGUCUUAGCCUGGAAUUAUUUUCCACAAUGAUAAUUUGUUCAUUGAUCCUUUGGUCUGAUUUUCUUCUUAGCCAUUUUAAGCUUUUAGUCUGUUUUCCUCUUCUAAAACAGAACCCUAUAAUGUUUCAAAAUUUGUCAAUGUUAAGAUUUUGUAUUGAAAUUCAACUGGCUACUUUUAAAUUUGCUUUUAAGUAGCCUUGUCUGUCAAGUUUUUAGAAUUGUGGAUAUUUAAAAUGAGUUUCAAAAACAAAGUCCCCACUACACUUGCUUUACAUUCAAUAUUCUUUAUUCUGGCCCUGUCGUUGACUUUUUUCCCUUCUCUAGCCAGAGGAAUCUGAAUCAAUUGGUGCUGUCAAUCUGUAAUUAACCUUUUCCAACAUACUACCUAAUUCAGUACCAUUUUAAUGUACUCAACUCUUUAUUCAUGAGCUAACCUGAUCACUGUUAAAGUCAUGUACUAAGACUUAACAAAAUAUUAGUGUUUAUAGAAACUGAAUUUUAGUUUGUUUAUUUUGUCUCAUGGUAAAUCUCUGUCAAUAAAUGGCUGACAUGCUUCCUCCAUUACUUACAAAAUGGUAAAUAGUCAAACAAAAAUAGAAUAUUUGUGAAAGUUUGUAAAAAAGAUUUGUUUCCACUUAAGUAUGAAAUUGUUUAAUGUCUUCACUUCUUUCCUAAUAUCUUUCAGUGAAUUUGUUAGUAGCAAGAAAAAGUUUGUGAACCCUUUGCAAUUACCUGGUUUUCUGCAUUAAUUACUGUUAAAAUGUGGUUUGAUAUUCAUUUAAGUCACAAAAAUUGACAAACUCAAUCUGCCUAAACUAGUAACACAGACAAUUGUACUACUUGUCAAUACUGAGUACACCAUUUAAAUAAUCACUGUCUAGGUUCAAAAAAGUAAGUGAACCUCUGCAGUAAUGCCUUCUAUAAAAGCUAUGUAAAGUCAGGUGUUCGAAUCAGUGAGAUAAGAUUGGAGGUGUAGAUCAUGGAGGGGUGAGUUGUAGAGGUGCCCUGUCAUAUAAAAAAAAGACACACAAAGUCAGGUUACUGACACAGUCUGCUCUACUCAAGAAAGAUUUAUUUAUGUGUGCCAUGCCUCGAUCAAAACAACUUUCAGAGAACCUUAGAAGAACUGUAGAGAUGCAUGAGGCUGGAAAAGGCUGCAAAAGUACUUCUAAAGGUUCAAGUGUUCCUCAGUCCACAAUAACAGUAAGUCUACAAAUGGAGCAAAUUCAAUACUGUUGCUAUUCUCCCCCUAGUAAUGGGUAUCCUGCAAAGAUUACCCCAACAGCACAAUGUACAAUCCUGAAGGAGGUGAAAAAGAACCCAAGGGUAACAGCAAGACCUGCAGAAAUCUCUAGAACUUGCUAAAGUCUCUGUUCAUGUGUCCACUAUAAGAAAAACACUGAACAAGAAUGGUGUUCAUGGAAAGACACCACAGAGGAAACAACUACUCUCCAAACUUGAGACAUUGCUGCACGCCUCAAGUUUGCAAAAGACCGCCUGGAUGUUCCACAACAAUGUUCUGUGGACAGAUGAGACAAAAGUUGAACUUUUUGGCAGAAAUGCACACCACUAUGUUUGGAGGAAAAAGGGCACUGCACUUCCAACACCAAAACCUCAUCCCAAUGGUGAAGUACGGUGGAAGGAGCUUCAUGGUUUGGAACUGUUUUGCUGCCUAAGGACCUGGACAUCUUGCAAUCAUUGAGGAAAGAAUGAAAUCAAAAUUAUAUCAAAAUAUUUUACUGGAGAAUGUCAGAGUAAGCUUAAUAGAAGUUGGAUGAUGCAACAAGACAAUGAAACGAAACACAAGAGUAAUCAACCACAGUGUGGUUUAAAAAGAAGAAAAUUUGUGUUCUGGAAUGGCCAAGUCAGAGUCCAGACCUUAACCCAACUGAGAUGCUGUGGCAUGACCUGAAGAGGGCUGUUCCUGCAAGGUAUCCCAGAAAUAUUGAUGAACCCUGAAUUUUUUUAAAUGGAGAAAUGGUCUAAAAUUCUUCCUCGCUGUUGUGUAAAUCUGAUCAUCAGCUACAGGAAACAUUUGGUAGAGGUUAUUGCUGCUGAAAUAGGUUCUACCAGUUGUUAAAUACAAGAGUUCACAUACUUUUUCUAGCCUGGUCUGUGAAUAAUUAGUAUGUUCAAUAAAGACAUGAAAAGUACAA